AUGAGCAUUUCAGCAGCGCAAAAGAUCGACAAAGAAAUUCAAUGGAUUCAAAACAACAUCUCUAUGAGAGUAUGCACAACUUUUGUGCCUAAAGAUGACAGAAUCUGCCAUUGUGGUUACGAAGAGGCUUACCAUACUGAAGUGCAGUCAGGCAAGUGGGAUGAACAGCAGCAUACGAAAACGGAACCAACAAAUGCCUUUGGUAAAAUUGAGUUCCAAGGCUUUGGACAGAAAUUUGGCAGAUAUGUUCGGGUUGACUACAAGACGGACAUGGACCUAAUAAUUGAUCUGAUAAAAAAUCAGUGGAAACUUCAUUUACCAAAUCUACUCAUCUCUGUGACGGGUGGAGCAAAGAAUUUUCAAAUGAAACCUCAAUUGAAAGAAGUAUUCAGGAGAGGUUUAGUCAAAGUAGCAAGGAGCACAGGAGCAUGGGUAACCAGUGCUGGGCUAAAUGCUGGAGUAAUGAAACAUGUCGGUGAAGCUAUUCGAGAUUAUGGUUUUACACUAUCUGGACGCGAUAAAGUCGUUGCCAUUGGUAUUGCUCCAUGGGGCUGUGUUCAGAACAAAGAUAAUCUCAUUGAUAAAAAUGGUAUGUGGCCUGCUCAGUAUGACAUUAAAGAAACCAGUCAGGAAGAAGUUAGUCCAUUAGAUCCAAACCACUCUCAUUUCAUCCUAGUGGACAAUGGCACCCAAUACAUCUUUGGAACUGAAAUUGAAUUCCGAGCGAAUUUAGAAAGAAGGAUUGCAAAUGAGAAAAUUUCAGAAGCUGCAGAUUUGACAAUUCCUGCUGUUGUUGUCAUGGUGGAAGGAGGACCGGGCACAUUAAAAACUGUUUAUAACUCUGUUCUCCAUAACAUUCCAAUAAUUAUUGUAAAGGGAUCAGGAAGAGCAGCAGAUAUCAUGGCUUAUGCUUAUCAAAAUGCAAUUAAAUCAGACGAAGAUGAAUUUAACAAAGAAGGGAUUAUUUCUGAUCAGCUGAAAGAAGAUCUCAAAGAGAAAAUCAUUAAAGAAUUUGGAGAAAAAGAAGUUGAGAAACUGUUUAACUUUGUUCGUGAUUCCUUAAAGAAUCUCAACUUAAUAACUGUCUUCGAGAUGGGUUCUAAGGAUUCUGCACGUGACAUAGAUAUGUCUGUGUUGAAAGCACUUCUGAAAGCAAGGGAAAAUAAAUUGGAAAACUUGCGUUUAAUACUGGAAUGGAAUCGAAUUGAUGUAGCUAAAAGUGAAAUUUUUACUGAUGAAACCCAAUGGCCAACGGGUAUGUUAGAUAACUUGAUGUUUUCAGCUCUGCUUCUUGACCGAGUUGACUUUGUCAAACUGUUCCUGGAAUAUGGAGUCGGUCUAAAGACCUUUUUGACAAAAGAUUGCUUGGAAAAACUUUAUCAGGAGACAAAAAUGACACCUUUGCAGGAAUCUUUGUUUAACAAUGGAAAUAAAGAUAAUGACAACACAAUUGAUAUAAAGAAAGUAGAAGAUGUAAUCAAUGAUCUUAUGGGUGCUCAGUACUUCCAGUAUUCAUAUUAUCACAAAAACAAUGAGCCCAAAGAAAAAUAUUCAUUUCCUGCUAAGGAACUAUUUUUGUGGGCUGUUCUCAUGAACCGAAGAGAAAUGGCAUUUUUAUUCUGGAAGGAAGGAAUGGAAGGCUUACCUGCAGCACUUGUGGCAAAUCGACUUCUUAAAGCAAUGAAAAAAAUAUCACGGGAUUAUGACCAAAUAAAUAAACUUCAAGGGCAUGCUGAUCUUUUUGAAGAGCGGGCCAUUGGCGUGUUAACGGAAUGCUAUGCAUCUGAUGAGAAGAUGGCACUCCAACUUCUUGUGCAGCAACGUGACAACUGGGGCCAAACUUCGUGCAUACUUAUUGCAGUCAAUGCUGAUAACAAAAGAUUUAUUUCACAGACAGCAUGCCAAUCACUACUGAGCAACAUCUGGAUGGGGAAAAUGAAUAAUAGCAACAGCAACUGGAAGUUAAUUGCGUCUAUUUUAUUCCCUCUUUUUAUCUUAUUGCUGAUUACAUUUGACAAGAAAAAUUCAGAAAAAGACCAGGGGUGUGAGAGUGGUAAGAAAAAAGGAUCGAAAAAUGAAGCUGAAAAUUUAAGCAGGAAACAAAAAAUCUUAGCUUUCUACACAGCACCAGUGAUAACCUUCAUUACAAAUGUGGGAUUCUAUGUAAUAUUUCUCAUCACCUUCAGCUAUGUGUUGUUGGUUGAGUUCCAGAACACCACUUCUAACAUGGAAUAUCUUCUUUAUAUUUGGGUUUUUGCCAUAUUGACUGAAGAAUUACGUCAGAUUUACUUCCGCAGUUAUGUGAAAGCUGUUGAUCAUCAGGUCCAUGCUGAGAUUUUGGCUAAAUAUUCAAGUUCAAUACGAAUCAAGAUCGCCAACUACUUCACAGACAUAUGGAAUAUUGUUGAUAUUAUUAAUAUUUUACUGUUUUUGAUUGGCAUUACCACAAGAUACUUUGAACAGCUUGACAAUGCUCGGGUGGUUCUUUGCGUCAAUCUUAUUUUGUUCUAUUUCCGCGUCCUACACAUUUUCUCAGUACACAAAGAACUUGGUCCCAAAUUGGUGAUGAUUAAGAAAAUGGUUCAGGAUCUUAUCUAUUUUGUGGCAAUUUUAUUUGUAUUCAUGGUUGCUUAUGGCAUUGCAUCUCAGGCUAUCCUUUAUCCAAGUACCCCAUUUUCAAUAGAAUUGCUUAAAGGAGUUUUAAAAAAGCCUUACUUUCAAAUGUAUGGGGAGUUGUUUUUGUCAGAGAUUGAAGGGGAGGAGUGUAAUGAAAGCUCUGCGCCUGUUACUUUUGAUAACGGCAAUAUGUUGUUGAGAAAAUGCCCAACUGAAAUAGGAAUAAAAAUAGUACCAGUAAUGAUGGGUGUUUACAUUUUAUUGACAAAUAUCCUAUUGCUUAAUCUUCUCAUUGCCAUGUUCAGUAAUACUUUCCAGAAAGUUCAGGAUAAUACUGAUCUUCAUUGGCACUUCCAAAGGUUUGGCUUAAUCUCUGAAUAUGACACGCGGCCUCCAUUGCCCCCACCAUUUAUCCUGCUGAGUCAUAUCUAUUUACUUUUCUGUGUCAUAAUUAGAAAAUUUAAAGCUCAAGAAAAUAAAGACAUGGCAUUUAAAAAGAAUCUGUCCCAAAUUGAAAAGCAGCUGAUGCAUUGGGAGGAUGAAAUGGCUGAUUGUUAUGUGAGGAAAAAAGAGAAAUUUGAGAAUAAUAGCAUGGAAGGAAAAGUGUCCAUCACAUCUGAUAGGACAGAACAAAUGAUGAUGAAAAUCGAGGAACUACAGCAUCAACAGCAACAUUUCAGUACUGCUCCAAAUCUGCCUGUUACUCAGUUAGCGGUGCCAACAGCAGAGGUUCAAAGCUUGUUGCUUGAAAUUAGACAAAUACGCCCAAAGUUGGAAAGUCAAUUACAAAUAACUGAAAGAUUGAGAGAAGUUGAAAACCAGAUUAAAGAGUUAAAAGAGAUGUUAAUUGUGUCCCAGUCUUCAACUCAGGAAAAGUAG